AUGGCGAAGUUAUGUUGCUUCGGUUCUUCAGACUACGAUCUUGUGGUUGGAAGGGCAUCAACUAGUUCUGGGAAAGGGAGAAAUAGCGAAGGCGAGAUCAAAUUCGGUUACAGUUUAGUGAAAGGGAAAGCUAAUCAUCCAAUGGAGGAUUAUCAUGUCUCCAAAUUCGUGAAAAUAGACGGUAAAGAGGUCGGUUUGUUUGCUAUCUACGAUGGUCAUUUGGGUGAACGCGUUCCUGCUUAUCUACAGAAGCAUUUGUUCUCCAAUAUCCUCAAAGAGGAGCAGUUUUGGUUAGAUCCUCACAGAUCAUUAAUUGCUGCGUAUGAGAAGACAGACCAAGCCAUUCUGUCACAUUCUUCUGACUUAGGCCGUGGUGGCUCAACCGCUGUGACCGCUAUUCUGUUGAAUGGACGGCGUUUGUGGGUGGCAAAUGUGGGUGAUUCCCGGGGGGUUCUAUCUCAAGGUGGUCAGGCGAUACAGAUGACUGUAGAUCACGAGCCGCACACUGAAAGAUUGAGCAUAGAAGACAGAGGAGGAUUUGUAUCGAACAUGCCAGGAGAUGUCCCUCGGGUCAACGGGCAGCUAGCUGUUUCCCGUGCUUUUGGAGACAAAAGCCUCAAAACACAUCUACGGUCAGAUCCAGACGUCAAAGAUUCAUCGAUCGAUGACCACACAGAUGUUCUUGUUCUUGCUAGUGACGGUCUAUGGAAGGUAAUGGCUAACCAAGAGGCGGUUGAUAUCGCGAGAAGAAUCAAAGAUCCAUUGAAAGCAGCAAAAGAACUAACUACUGAAGCUCUAAGAAGAGAAAGCAAAGAUGAUAUCUCUUGCAUUGUGGUCAGAUUAAGGUCAUGA